AUGGCAGCAUACCUGUCCGAACAACUGCCACAUCUACGAGACUUACAUUUUCAACUCGGUCUACCCCCAGAGACCAUCGCCGCCGACGAACAAAGCAUAGAAACAGCUAUACGACAAUGUGUGGAGAAUUUGGUCAACGAGUAUGAAGACCAAGUGAAUCAACAUAAGGUCAAACUGCAUCGUAUGAGGUUGGAUGUGGCAGAUCUCGUCCGGGCGAUCGGCAGACAAGCUAGGAGUUUGCAGGUGUCAAGUGAGGAGAGAUUGAAAGAAGUCGUUCGUCACCCUCGCUCAGUUCAUGAUCGUAAACCUGAUCUUCCAGUCUCUACCUCAACAAGUGAAUAUGAUGGGGACCCACAAAGAAGAGUUGGUCCAACACUCAGAGACAAGAUGGCGUCCCUUGCUCACUUACUCGGACCCCCGGUCGAACCCUUACCGCCUCCCCGACCCAUCUCAGUCUUCUCAAAAGACACGGGUCGACGAGAUUCAGCAUCCUUGGCUCGAAUGCAGGCUAUGACACCACCAAGACGGACAUCAAUCCUUCAACCUGGCCUUCCACCAGACACUGGCUGCUGGUUCGACGUGAGCGACGAUGCUAUGGCAGCUGCGGAAGCAGCCAUACAACAAGCUUUGGAAGAAAGAGAAGCUAAACUGGACCACCUCAAAACUCUCAUCGUCAACCUCGCCUUUUUACAUCGCGAAUUAGUCUUACCAGAGUUUCCCGCCGAAGGAAGAGAUAGGUUCCCCAAUAAGCUCUUGCCGCGCCGAUCAGAUCAUGCCGUCUCGUAUCAGAAGCUCAUUGCAUCGGUUCUUGCACAAAAUCCUUUACCAGAAGAUGAAGAGGAUGACGACGAGGAAGGUAUGGUAGUGAUUGGAAUGGAGAUCGUCGAGCCCGAGCAAGGAUUAUUGGAAUGGACCGAAAGUUUGAACGAGCUGUGGACAGAAGAAAAGGAUAGACGGCAAAACAGAAUACAAGAACUCUAUAAUCAAGUGGAACCUCUUUGGAUACGACUCGAAAUGGAGCAAGACGCCAUGGACCUCUUUAUAGAGAUGAAUCGAGGUUGCGGAGAAGCUGUGAUCGAAGCAUACGAAGUCGAAGUUGACAGAUGUCUACAACUACGUCGAAACAGUCUCGAGAAGUUCAUCAAUGCCGUCCGGACGGAAAUUGAGAUUCUCUGGGACGAACUGAUGAUGUCCGAGGAGGACAAAGGCGACUUUGGGCCAUUCAUCGAUGAUGUUUAUACCGAGGAACUCUUGCAGGCUCAUGAGGAGGAAAUCGAGAGAUUACGAGCAGAGAUCGAAAGCAAGACUGCCAUCUUGCCAAAGGUCCGAGAAUGGCACACUCUAUGUAAAGACGAAGCCGAGCUCGAACGAAUGUCCCAUGAUCCAAAUCGGUUUUCCGCGAGGGGAGGCGCUUUGUUGAAAGAGGAGAAGCUGAGAAAGAGGGUCAAUAUGUUAAAGCCUAAGCUGGAAAUGGAUAUGCUUUCUCUUCUUCCCACCUGGGAAGCAGAGCAUGGUCGCCCAUUCACCGUCAGCGGUCAACGUGUGGUCGAUCGGAUACACGACGCUUUGGAAGCGAAAGAACAAGCGAAACUGGCCAAGAAGGCAACCCGCGCAGGACUCGCACCCGCCAAGACGAUUUCUCGUUCUGUCCCUGCCUCUGUGGCUCGUCACACCACCCCAGCCGCCGUACCCGGAUCAACACGGUCAAUGAGUCGGAAGCGUGAAGCUCCAACCCCAACACCAUAUGGUUCUUCGAACAACCCCAAACGCCCCCGUGUAGGUACACAAGGAUCGACCAUGAAACCUAGACCUAUUCGAGGUUUCCCCGAACAAGGUUCUAGUCCUUCUCGUCCGCCAGCUGGUAGAAGUCUUUACCCUUACCUGUAUCCAGAGUUCCAAGUUGGUCUCAUUCCGCGUCACUGGCUACCAAAGGGCAGGAAGAGAUGA